UGAAUGCCCUUGCCUGACCCCUGAGGAGUGCCCUGCUGCAGCAAAGGAGUGGCGGAUUGGCUGACUCAAGCACAGCCAGUCUCGGAUCAGAUUUCACUCCGUCUGCAAACCAUGAAACUCAGAGACUGAAAUAGCUGCCUCGUGCUGACCUAUAACAACAUGUUUUUGAAGUCGUAGUUCAGGAUCCUGAACCUCCUGCAGCUGCAUCAGCUGAUUGACCUGUCUCAGUCAGGAUAUUGCUGUCAUGGCCAAGAAUCCUGGUUCCCCGAGUCGUUGCGGCCUGAGUCUUGAGGGGAUUUUGAGAGAGAUCCAGAUCAACUUGCUGGAGUGUAAAGUCUGCUUUGAGAAGUUCAGCACUCAGCAGAGGGAGCUCAAACCACAGAACCUCUCCUGUGGCCAUGUACUCUGUCUGGAAUGCAUCAGGGCCUUGUCCCACCCUCUCCUGAGGAAGCUGGAGUGCCCGUUUUGUCGACAGCUGUGCAGUGUUGACAGCACCUCCCACUGCCGGGCUCUCAGUGACCUGCAGGAGCUGCUGUUGUCCCGGAGUCCCACAUCCUCUGCUGCUCCUCCUCACAGGGCGAAGGCAGGCCUUGGCUUGGCAUCCACACCUCUGAACCUCUGCACAGCUUUCGGAGGAUGGGGGACUCUUAUCAACCCUACCGGGAUAUCCAGUUUGGGAUCUUCAGGGACUACAGUGGUAGUGCAUGAUGGAGAGAAGAGGGUGGUGGUGUUCGGUCCGCAGGGCAGGAAGCUGCACAGUUUUGGGCGAAGAGGACGAGCCAGUGGGGAGAUCUGUUUCCCCGUGGAUGUGGCGGUGGCUCCCUGUGGUCACGUGGUGGUGACUGACGCAGGAGAUAGAGCUGUGAAGGUUUUCACCUCCAGAGGUAAACAUGUGUUGACGGUCAAAGGUUCCCUUCAGAUGCCCUGGGGUGUGGACACGGACAGCUGUGAGCUCAUCCUGGUCUCAGACGUCCAGGCGGGCACGCUGUCCCACCUGAAAGUGGACUACGCUCACGGUGUCCUGCAGGAGCAUCAUACUGCCAUCUCAGAUCUGCAGCAGCCGAAAGCAGUGUCCUGCUGUCAGCUGACCAGGAACACUGCAGUGAUGGAGCAUUUACCUGACGACACAGAUACACCAAGAAGGUACCAGCACACGAGGCUGACAGUGUUUACCAAAGACUUCCACCUCCUUUAUCAGACGGACAGUUUCAGCUUGACCCUGCAGUCCACAGCCAGGCUCAACAUGUCCGCCGUGGCCUUUGACAGAGAUGGAAAUGUGAUGGUGAUUGACUCCAAUCAGGGCAUGGUUUGGAGUUUGGGGAAGCUCCAGAAUGGGUCAGUCUUUACCCCACUUGUGGGGGACAGCCUCAUCCGCCCAGCUGGACUGGUCUCACUGAACAACACGUUGGUCAUUCUGGACAGUGGGGACCAUACAGUGAAGAUUUAUUCUCCUCAAUCUGAUGCUGGGCUCAUGAUGAAGCUCAUGUAAACAGCGUAAGAGCUGCCUAUGUGAAAUGUAGUAAUUUAUCUUAUCAUAUAAAGUGAUGAGAUGACCUGACGAAACUAUUUAUAAAUAUGAGUAAAGACUUUCAUUGCAAAAUGAAAAUAUGUCUCUUUGAUUGUACUGUUUACUUUAACUGUGAAUCAAUAAAAUAAUAUAUAAAAAAAAAAAAUAAAAAAAAAAACUUUCAUUGAAAACU